UUGGCUCACAUCAUCAACAUUUACAGUACAUCCAAAGUGCAGUAAAUAUUGCUAUUUCAAAAGAAGUGCAAAAUGGUGUUGAUGGUCAGGAAGCAGCAGACUGCAAUAUAACUUAUAAUGACGUCAUUAAUUGUGCUUCAUCACCUCAAAUUGUAUGUGCAAUUGUUGACCAACUGUUGCAAAUAGCAAGAGUGAAGCGUAAAUACAGUAAUCAAUUUGAUGGGUCCAAUGUUAGAAGAAUGCAUGAGUYGGAACACUCUUUAYAGAAAGAACCCACCCAAAAUUCUUGCAACUGCAAAUGYUGUUCAUCCGAAAAUAMCAAACACUGUAUGUUAACAAGACAUGCAAAGCGCAAUCUCAGUCAGAAUGGCAUGGAGUGCUUCCCAUGCUGUAAAAACAGUCCACAGAAAAAGRAGAGAAAGUGAGAUUUAUAUGUUGACCAGUGCACAGGCAGCCCAACUUURAAUCAAAUAGGUGAUUUAGAGUUAUAAUAAAUGCUCAAGAAAUCUGAUUUUAUUUUAAUAGUUGGAUGRAAUACAACAACAGACAUUUAGUAAUAACUGUUGGUUUACUACCUGUGUAUUAUUAGUAGAAAGUCUCAUUAACUAGUAAUUUYAUAUUUUAUAUAACGCCAAUCCAACAAGUACCACAAGUGCCMCUUGCACUGAAAGAAAAGAGCUGAUGUGAACAGCUUGAUAAUUACAUUAUUUUUAUAAAUUACAAAGAAAUUUACAGAGCUCUGAAUAUAGUAAGCAAUAAUGAAAAAACCCCUGAAGGUAAAACACACGACCAGGUGCAUUAACGAAAAAUAUAUUCAUGUUUUGGUAGGAAACCUAGACGUGUCAUUUCCACCCACUUCCGGUUGCUGAUCGAUACCAUUUCCGCCAGCUUGACGGAAGUGAWCUAUUUUCGACUAUUAAAAAUAGUAACGAACGAUCAGUAGGUGAACCCGGUUUACUUAGCUUUUUAGCCAAGAAUUCGAUUAGCGGAGGAUUGUGUUUUAAUUGAGUGAUGUCACUGGCCUUUUCGUGUGAUUAACACGGUAGUACGGUGAUGGAUGAGAUAUCCAAUCGAAAUUAUCCCACUGAACGCGUCAGCGGAUAUGAUGUGGUUUACAUAUAAAUGGCUGGCAUKUCACAACAUUGCCGUUCUUUGGUAGAUACAAAUUGCCAAUCAUGUCUAAAAGAAAGGAAUGUUCAGGAGACACAAAAAAUGAAGUUAUUCUCGCUAAAAGAUUKAAGACAAAGAGAGUUAGUUUUGGAGAAGCCACAACAUUUUAUUUUCCUCGCCGACAAGGAUUUAUAUCCGUUCCUUCGUCAGGAGGCUUUACUCUCGGAAUGGCCUACAAACACUGUUAUGUAGAAACAACUAAGCUCUGUUCUACGGAAGAGGUCCUUGUCAAUGAAGUAGCCAAGCAAGUAGCGUCUAUACCACAGAAAAAGAGAAAGAAUUUGCUCAAAAAAGCGGGGGUCAUGAGAAUAUUUAAGAAGGAAGAGAAAGACUGUAUGGAGAUUCGACUGUCUCGUGUGCUAUGCGGCUGUUCUUGCGGUGAUGUUUGUGAACCAACAUCAUGUGAAUGUUCAUUGAAUGGCAUYGGCUGCCAAGUUGAUUACGGUAAAUAUCCAUGCUCUUGUGAAAGGAAUUCUUGUAAAAAUGUSAAUGGUAGAAGACAGUACGAUCCUGCUGUCGUUCGACGGCAUUACUACGAGACAUUCACUAAAAUGAAUGGUCUAGCGAUCAAUGUUGGACUCGAAGAGGUUUAUAUGUGAUAUACAUGUAUCGUCUAAUUUAUUGCUGGAGUGCACAGGCUAUAUACAGCGAAUUUUCUGAACAAGUAUACGCCUAUUAAUGUUAUUGGAGACAGCUCCGCAGUCCUCAGAAGAACUGCUUUGCUUUGGUUAUUAAAGAAAUAUUAUGUUUGAAAAUUUUCUAAUCAGAUAGGAAAKCUUCUAAAGUAUAAUUCUAUUCCAAAUCGAAUAUUUAAACAUUUAUUUUCAAAUGCGAAUAAAAAUAUACAUAGUGUAAACA